UACACUUUUUACUCUUCGGCUGAAGCAGAAAGACAGCUUCCUCAUCCUCACCACAAAUAAAGAUGAUGUCCUUCAGAACAUCCAGGUCCAGCGGUGGAGCCUACAUGGGCAGCAGUAGGUCCAUGUCUGGAGCCAUCGGAGGCUCUGUCAGAAUGUCCUCCGGUAGCUCCUCCAUGUCCAUGUAUGGUGGCAGCAGUGGUGGAGGUGGUGGAGCUGGCUAUAGCUUCGGCUACGGUGGUGGUGCAGGUGGAGCAGGUGGUGCUGCAUUCGGGUUUGGCGGCGGCAGUGACGGUGGCGUCGACAGCGGGAGCAUCUCAGCCAACAAGAAGGUCACCAUGCAGAACCUGAAUGACCGCCUGGCCACCUACCUGGAGAAGGUGCGCAACCUGGAGACAGCCAACGCUGACCUGGAGCUGAAGAUCAAGCAGUUCCUGCAGAGCAGGACAGCUACAUCUGGCAAAGACUACAGUGCCUACUUUAAAACCAUCGCAGAGCUCCAGGGAAAGAUCCAGGAUGCCACCAAAGUCAACGGAGGCUUCUACCUCUCCAUUGACAACGCCAAGCUGGCCUCUGAUGACUUCAGGCUUAAGUUUGAGAACGAGCUGUCCAUGCGCCAGUCGGUGGAGGCUGACAUCGCUGGGCUCAGGAAACUCAUGGACGAACUCACUCUGGCCAGGGCCGACCUGGAGAUGCAGAUCGAGGGUCUGAAGGAGGAGUUGAUCUUCCUCAAGAAGAACCACGAGGAGGAGCUGCUAUCCAUGCGGACCCAAAUGAGUGGCCAGGUCAACGUGGAGGUGGACGCCGCUCCAGGAGAAGACCUCACCAAGAUCAUAGAGGAAAUAAGGGAGCAGUAUGAAGCUGUCAGCGCAAAGAACCAAAAGGAGCUGGAGGCCUGGUUCCAGGCCAAGUCAGACGAACUAAACAAAGAAGUCGUCACCAGCACAGUAACUCUCCAGACAACAAAAUCAGAGAUCUCAGACCUCAAACGAACACUACAGGCCCUGGAGAUAGAGCUACAGGCUCAGCUCAGCAUGAAAGCAGGGUUGGAGAGCACACUGGCUGAGACGCAGAACCGGUACUCCAUGCAAAUAUCAGGUUAUCAGAAUCAGGUGAGCAUGAUGGAGGAUCAGCUGACACAGCUGAGGGCCGACCUCGAACGUCAAGGACAAGAGUACCAGAUGCUGCUGGACAUCAAGACCAGACUAGAGAUGGAGAUUGCCGAGUACAGGAGGCUGCUGGAUGGAGAAGCCUCUGUGAGCAGCAGCAACAGCAGCAGCAUCAGCAUUUCUGCCCCCCCUGAAUCCUCCACAUCCAGCACUUCUAUAGUCACCAAAAAAAUAAUCAUAACGGAGGAGUUGGUAGAUGGAGAGGUGGUGAGCUCCUCCACAGAGACUGAGGAACUGCUCCAGGAGAAGGUUCUCUCAGAGAAACAAGAAUAAAAAUAAAAGUCUGCUGAGGUACAUCAAAAGAAAA